AUGGAAGGCACGCAUACUAUCCUUCAAUUGCACAAACCCAUUAUGGAGCUUUGUUACGUCAGCUUCUAUCUUCCAGAGGGAAAAGUCAGAGGAUUUACUUACAAGGGCUGUGUAACUCUGGAUAGAACCAGUAAACGUUUCUGUAGCUGCUAUCAAGUAAGGGAGAGGUUAGAGAUGGAGCUGAGAGAACAGCCAUAUGAAAACUUCGGAGAUAUUAUUUUCAAGCAGACUACCACGAAAGACAUUCUCAUUGAACUGUACAAACUAACUGCUGAAAAGGAAAAACUGUUAUCCAGUCUUUUGAGAUCACAUCAUAUUCUGGGCCUUAACACGGGACAUCAGGAGGGAAAGCGACAGGAUGUUUCUGGAGUCCUGAAACUUAAAGGUGAUGAUUACUCCAGUUUUGCACAUCAACGGGAGUUCUUUCUGGAUUCCACAAAUAGACACAAUUUGAAUCACAAAAAAGUGAGGAAAUAUAGAAAGAAAGAGAGCUUUGAGGAGUUCAGGCACUGGAAAGAGGGAAAAAAGAUAUAUGGACAACGUCUUUCUUCACUGAGUGUGCAAGACAUGCAACUGGAAAAUAAGAAGAUGCUCCCCACAAGAUUUCCUACCAGGAGUUUUCCCAGUUCCUUUUCUGCCUCCAGUUGGCUAACAGUAAAAGGUAAGGAUGAUUUACCAGUAGACAAUAGUAUACAACCAGAAAGGUGGAUAGCAGAGGGGUAUUUUCUUGAAAGCAACAAAGCUGUGAAACUGGAUGCUGACUUACCAAGUUCUAGCUCAAAAGACAACAACAUGGUCACAGUUGAACUAGUGGAUAGUGGAGAAUGCAUUCCUGAAGUUAUGAAGGUACAACAGAGUAUCACUUUGGUAAAGUCAUCUCAGGACAGUCUGUCUAACAAACUUGAGACAUUAAGUAAAUCUGCAGCUGCUAAAAGCUUGAAAAAUAGCAAGUAUACUGAGCUGGUAUGCAAGGAGAAACCAGGAGUCACAGUUGUUGCUGAAGUACAGGAUUCAGAAGCUUGUAUUAAAAAAAUUGCCAAACCCCCUGCAGAGUCUUUAGCUGAUUUUCACAGAGAUAAAGAAACGAUUUCUCCUGUUCUCACAACAGUACGUAACAAGUUUGUAUUGAGAACUGAUGUAUACUCCCUAGAUGAAGCUGCUGGAGACUCUAAAAACACUGUGCUGCAAGAAAAUGAGCAAGACAGCUCUGGUUUGCAGUACAAAGCAGAAAGAGUGCACAUUACUGAUGAGUCAUGCAACCUUGUGGGAGCAGUCAAUAAAGCUCUUCUGAAAGUUAUACGGAGUGACAAUUUAGAUGAAGCUGCAGAAUGGAAGAGACUGCAACAAAUUACAAGAGUAGACAGAAACCUGCCAGGCUCAAUAUAUGAGAAAAGAACCACGGUAUCCCGGGGAAGCAGCAAGCAUUUAUUUUUGAACCUGCCUGUAAAUGAAGGUCCUGAUAUUUCUCAGACAAGUAAUAAUCUUAAGCUGGAAGAGAAAAGGCUGCAUUCACCCUCGUUAGUAGCAGUGAGUAAUGUUUUUAGUAAUUCAUAUCCGCUAUCUAAUACACACAAACAAAUGUCACCUAUUCCUUCUCCGUUAUCUUCGAGACUGCCUAGCCCGCAGCUGCAUCAUCGGAUUCUCCCGUUACCAACACAGACCACCGAGGACGAAUCUAUGUUCAGUGACUAUGGCAGUGGGAGACAUGGUGCUAUAAACCUCUCUUUCAGUGAUUUGGAGCCACAGUUUUAUCUGAAGUUUUCUGAACCUGGAGAAUUGGGAUUUGCCACCAGACAGCCAGGCCUCCAUCAGAAUGCAACUGCAGGGCAUUUUGAAAAGCGUGCUCUACAAGAAAAAUUAACUACUCAGACACAGCAGAAUUUCCGUCCAGCAGAGUCUGCUUUAAAGGAUGACUUCACUGAACGGCUGACUACUUUGGAUGUGGCAAACAGAGAUGAAGAUACCUGGGUUUUGGACUGCAGAUUGGGGCUUUCAAACACAUUUGCUCAUUCAAGUGAGAAAGAGAAGAUCAACAGAAAUGUGUUGCAUUUGAGCCUGGAACUGAAUCCUGACCUGAGUCCCUCAGAGCAAGAUGACAAGACUCCAGGGAGACUCCAGACUGUCUGGCCGCCACCAAAAGCAAAGCACGAAGAAGUAAAAGUAGGAUUAAAGUACACAGAAGCAGAGUACCAAGCUGCCAUUUUGCAUUUAAAGAGGGAACACAAAGAAGAAAUUGAAACAUUAAAGUCUCAGUUUGAACUCAGGGUAUUCCAUAUUCGUGGAGAACAUGCUGUAGCAACUGCUCAGCUGGAGGAAACCAUUGCACGUCUGAAGAAUGAACUCGAUAAUAAAUUAAACAGAAGAAAUGAAAAAGCAAAGGAUAUUGGUGUUUCUACUGAAGAUGAUAACCCACCAAAGACAUACCGAAAUGUAUGUAUACAGACUGACAGAGAAACUUUCAUAAAGCCUAGUGAAGAAGAAAACAGAGCUGUGAAAAAUAACCAAAUGGUACCCAAAAAGCUUAAUAUUUCUUCUUUGUCACAUAGUAUUUCUGCCCAAAGUGAAAAUAAGGACAAUUACAAUGCACAGUCUUCAGAAAGUGUCUUGUCUUGUCAACCAAAACAAAUGCUGCUUCCUCCACUACCACCACCACCACCACCACCACCACCACCACCUCCUCCCCUUCCUGAUUCUUCACUACCAGGUUUAGUUCCUCCACCACCACCUUUGCCAGCAGGUCCAACUUCACUGACAUCUGAGUUUGGAUCUGGUCUGCCACUGCCACCUCCACUUUCUGAAGGCUGUAGGAAUUUUCAAGCGCCACCACCACCGCCACCACCACCGCUUCCAGGGUUGGGACCUCCUCUUCCUCCUCCACUGCCUGGAUCUGGUUUACCUCCACCCCCUCCACCUCCUGGGCCUGGGUUCUUUUUUAAUAGCACUUUAUCUUCAAACCAAGGUCCUCGAAAACCUGCCAUUGAACCUACCCGUCCCAUGAAGCCUUUGUAUUGGACACGGAUACAAUUACAAGGUAGCAGGAAAACUGCAAUGCCAACAUUAUGGGAAUCACUAGAAGAACCUGAUAUACUUGAUACUACUGAGUUUGAAUAUUUAUUUUCCAAAGACACCACUCAGGAAAAAAGAAAACCAUUAUCAGAGACUUACGAAAAAAAAACCAAGGCCAAAAAGAUUAUCAAAUUGCUGGAUGGAAAACGGUCUCAAACUGUAGGAAUUUUAAUAUCCAGUUUGCACCUGGAGAUGAAGGAUAUUCAACAAGCUAUACUGUGUGUUGAUGACUCCGUAGUAGAUCUGGAAACACUGGAAGCACUAUAUGAAAAUAGAGCACAAAAGGAUGAACUGGAGAAAAUCAAGCAAUAUUAUCAGACUUCAAAAGAGGAGGAACUGAAGCUUCUGGAUAAACCAGAACAAUUUUUGUAUGAGUUAUCUCAGAUCCCCAACUUCACAGAACGAGCUCAGUGUAUUAUCUUCCAGUCAGUUUUCUCUGAAGGGAUAACAUCAGUGCACCGGAAAGUUGAUAUCAUAACUCGUGUUUCCAAGGCUUUGCUGAACAUGACCAGUGUAAAGGAAAUUUUAGGUUUGAUUCUGGCUUUUGGAAAUUAUAUGAAUGGUGGGAAUAGGACCCGAGGUCAAGCUGAUGGAUUUGGUUUGGAAAUACUCCCCAAACUAAAGGAUGUCAAAAGCAGAGAUAGUGGCAUUAAUCUUGUGGAUUAUGUCGUCAUUUAUUACCUACGCCAUUGUGAUAAGGAAGCAGGAACAGACAAGAGUAUUUUUCCUUUACCAGAACCACAGGAUUUUUUCCAGGCCUCCCAAGUUAAGUUUGAAGACCUAAUAAAAGACUUAAGGAAACUGAAGAGAGAUCUAGAAGCCUCUGAAAAGCAGAUGAAGUUAGUUUGCAGAGAGUCUUCUGAAGAGCAUCUCCAGCCUUUCAAGGAGAAAUUAGAGGAAUUCUUCCAGAAAGCUAAAGAAGAACGUAAAAAAGAAGAGAGCAGUUUGGAAGAUGCACAAAAAUGCUUUGAAGAAACAGUGGGAUACUUUGGGAUGAAGCCAAAGCCUGGCGAGAAGGAGAUCACACCAAACUACGUUUUCAUGGUAUGGUAUGAAUUCUGCAGUGACUUCAAGAUCAUUUGGAAACGAGAGAGCAAAAGCAUUUCCAAGGAACGAAUUAAAGUGGCUCAGCAAUCAGUAAGCAAGUUAACUGCAGAGAAGAAAGUUGAAACGAAGAAAAUCAAUCCUACAGCUAGCCUGAAAGAAAGACUACGUCAGAAGGAAGCCAAUGUGACUGCCAACUGAAAGAAGAAAGAUGAAAAUGUAGUGUGACUUCAUACCUUGCAUGAUGCUUUACUACAUCCAUGGCCCAGGGAGCACCUUAUGUUUGAUACUGAAUUCUGCUUUGUUGAUCUGUUCCAAGACAAUCCACUAAAGACUUUUCAGUUCCUUCAGAGGGGUUUGUACACUCAGUGGAGGGAAUUCUAAGAAGGUUUUUACAUGGGAAGUCAAAAUUAUUUUCUGUAACUCUUCCUUACAUUGCUUAAAAUGCAUCUGGUUGUUAAUAGUUAUUUAAAGUAAUCUGUGCAUAAUGCAUUAAUAUGGAAGAGCUAAAAUGAGUAUUUUGGAUGCUGAGUUAGGUAAUGACUAACAACCUGCAGGUUAUUUACAGGGCUUUGUGUAGAUGAGAGCAAAUAUGCCAUUCAGCUCACAAAAGAUGAUUACAUCAUACUUCUUGUUACUUCAACAGUAACUGAGAUAAAAUUGACUGAUUCUAAAUAAUUUUACAGUGUCUAAGUAUUGGAUGCAUCUUUCUAAAACUGAUUAAAUGUAAUUAUAGAUUUAUGCUGUAUUUUACUAUAAAUAUUUUUAUAGAAGCUUCAGCUUAUGCCAUACAUUGAAAUGGAAACAAUAUUUUGCACAUGAAAAGGAAUAGCUUCAAAUUCUUUAGUUUUAUGAUUGAUGGCAUAACUGAUUCAUUAUUUUUAUGGUUUUAACCUAACAUUCCUAAAUU